CCAAGGCAUGGAUAUUAGUUUCCAUCGUCGAUUACUACCUCAAUAUUCCCAAGUUAUUCACAGUCAUUUUAUAUAUAGUGGGUGUUUUUGCAGUUGAUAAUUCAUAUAUGGUUUCUGGAAUUAUGGGAACUAUGCAGGUAAUUUUUUAUCUGUUAAGCUGUACUGUGUGUUUGAUCUUUCUGUCGUUUAUGAUAAAGUUCUUUAACAAGCUAUGGUGGACACCAAUUCGCAUACAAUCCAUGAUGAGGUCUCAAGGAAUACAAGGCCCUUCUUAUCAAUUCUUCCAUGGAAACUCCAAAGAGGUCUUUAAUAUGACAAAAAAUUCCUCAAUUAAUCCUCUGGAAUUAUCAGAUUCACAGGAUUUGCUCUAUACUGUCUUGCCACACCUUUAUUCAUGGAUGAAGCUUUAUGGGACGAAUUUUUUGUAUUGGCAAGGUCCUCGAGCUCACUUGGUGAUUACAGAGCCUGAAAUGAUUAAAGAGAUAUUAAAUAAUAGAGAUGGAGCAUUCCCCAAAAUAGAACCUGACGAUUAUGUAAAGAAACUACUCGGGGAUGGAACUGUUACAGCCAGAACACCGGAAAAGUGGUUUAGGCUUCGUAAACUCUCCAAUCAUGCUUUCCAUGCAGAGUGCUUGAAAGGAAUGAUUCCAGCAAUGAUUGCAAGUGUGGAAAUGAUGCUUCAAAGAUGGAAAAUUUGUGGCUGUAUGGAGAUUGAUGCAUUCCAAGAAUUUAAGGUUUUAACAUCAGAAAUAAUUUCCAGGACGGCUUUUGGAAGCAGCUACUUGGAAGGGCAGAACAUUUUUGAUAAGCUAAUGCGGUUAGGUGUCAUCAUUAGCAGAAACAAAUACAAAGUUAAAGUUCCUGGAAUUAGCAAUCUUGUUAAAACAGAAGAUGAUAUUGAAUCAGAGAAGCUAGAACAAGGGAUACAAAAUUCAAUCAUAAGUAUGAUAAAGAAAAGAGAGCAAGCAACAAUUACAGAGAAAUCAGAUAGUUUUGGAAAUGAUUUUCUUGGAUUACUCUUGAAGGCACAUCAUGAUGAUAGAGAUGCUCAUAAGACAAAAAGAUUAUCAGUUCAAGACAUCAUUGAUGAAUGCAAAACCUUUUAUGUUGCUGGACAUGAAACAACUACAAGCUCUCUCUCCUGGAUUGUUUUUCUUCUAGCUGUGCACACAGAUUGGCAAGAUAAAGCCAGGAAUGAGAUCCUUCAAUUAUUUGACCUCCAAAAUCCAAGCCCAGAUGGCCUCUCCAGAAUGAAGAUUGUGAGCAUGAUUAUCAAUGAAGCUCUCCGGCUAUAUCCCCCAGUUGCUGCAUUUCCCAGGGAGGUCCAAAGGCAAGUAAGAUUAGGGAAGUUAAAUCUUCCUGCAAAUAUAGAAGUUGAAAUCCCAAUUAUUGCAAUCCACCACAAUCCUCAAAUUUGGGGAGAAGAUGUUCAUCUUUUCAAGCCGGAGAGAUUUGCAGAAGGGUUGGCCAAAGCUACAAACAACAAUGUCAAUGCCUAUCUUCCAUUUGCUUUGGGACCAAGAAGUUGUGUAGGAUCGAACUUUUCAAUUAUGGAGACUAAGAUUGCACUCUCCAUGAUUUUGCAACGUUACCAUUUUACCUUAUCACCAACUUAUGCCCAUUCACCAGUUAACCUUCUCACUGUGUGUCCAAAAUAUGGAUUGCAAAUCUUGCUUUCAUCCACUGUAAUUGGUGGGAUGAACAUUUAAUUUUCAUGUAUGUAACUAAAGAAAUCCUUGAAGCCUUGUAUGGCAGAAGAUUUGUUGUGUCUAGUGAAAAUUAUUCUAUAUGA